GGGCUGUGUGGAGCGCAAGCAGGCAGUAGGCAGGCGCAGAGCUGCCUUUCCAUAGGAGCCGCCAUUAGCGCUGGGACCCGGUGACAGGGUCUUGGCGACGGCGGCCGGCGCGGAGCGGGAGUGGAGGCAGCCGGGGUUGGUCCCCGUUUGAUGGAUCCCCGGAUCGCCUGGUUCCAGCCAGAGCAGCUCGGCCCCGCGAACCGCCUGUGGAUGCAGAUCUGGGAGACCACGCAGGGGGUCCGCAACCUGUACUUCCCGCAGCAGCGGCAGCAGAGCGCUCCCGCCGGGGUGGGCCCGGCCUCCCUGCCCGGCAUGUACCGCGUCCCCCGGAUCGACCCCCAGCCCGACUUCCUGCCGCUCGAGAACGCCAACAACCAGCACAACCACAGCCGCCACCAGGCCCCGCCGCCCCCGGGGCUCACCGCCUGGGCCCGGCCUGCACGGGGGGCGCCGCCCGCCGCCUCUGCCUCGGCCGCCGGCAACAAGAGGAAACGUGACAACAAGGCCAGCACCUUCGGGUUCAACUACACCAUCCUCCUGGGGCCCCCCGAGCAGAGCGGGGCCCCCGCCCCGGGGGACGGGCCGGCCGCCAGUGACCAGGCCCAGCCGCUCACCCCUUGGAAGGGGAGGAACUACAGUCCGGGAGUCGUGGGUCUUCAUGAAGAAAUCAUUGAUUUCUACAAGUACAUGUCUCCCAGACCGGAAGAAGAAAGAAUGCGAAUGGAAGUGGUGAACAGAAUAGAAAACGUUAUUAAGGAGCUCUGGCCGAAUGCAGAUGUGCAGAUAUUUGGAAGUUUUAAAACUGGUUUAUAUCUACCUACUAGUGAUAUUGACUUAGUUGUGUUUGGAAAAUGGGAGACUUUGCCUCUGUGGACCCUGGAAGAGGCUCUUAGAAAGCACAAUGUAGCAGAUGAAGGUUCAGUAAAGGUUCUAGACAAAGCAACUGUACCUAUUAUUAAACUGACAGAUUCCUUCACUGAAGUAAAAGUCGAUAUCAGCUUUAAUGUACAGAAUGGGGUUAAAGCAGCCCAACUCAUCAGAGAUUUUAUCAAGAAAUAUCCUGUAUUACCAUAUCUAGUUUUAGUAUUAAAACAGUUCCUGUUACAGAGGGACCUUAAUGAAGUAUUCACAGGUGGAAUUGGUUCUUAUAGUCUUUUUUUAAUGGCUGUCAGCUUCCUCCAGCUACAUCCCAGGGAAGAUGCCUGCAUCCGCAGUGCCAACUAUGGUGUCCUUUUAAUAGAAUUUUUUGAAUUAUAUGGACGUCACUUCAAUUACCUGAAGACUGGAAUCCGAAUAAAGGAUGGUGGUUCAUAUGUGGCUAAAGAUGAAGUGCAAAAGAGUAUGCUGGAUGGCUAUAGACCAUCAAUGCUAUAUAUUGAAGAUCCCCUACAGCCAGGUAAUGAUGUUGGGAGGAGUUCAUAUGGUGCCAUGCAAGUGAAACAGGCCUUUGAUUAUGCAUAUGUUGUUUUGAGCCAUGCUGUAUCACCAAUAGCUAAAUAUUAUCCCAACAAUGAAACUGAAAGUAUAUUAGGUAGAAUAAUUAGAGUAACGCAAGAAGUGGCCUCAUACAGAGAGUGGAUAUCAAAGCAUUGGGGAAUGCAGAGUAGGACUGAGUCUUCAUGCAAUGGUAAUGGAGUAACUUUGAUAGUAGAUACUCAGCAGCUAGACAAGUGUAACAAUAAUCUCUCUGAAGUGAAUGAAGCACUGGGGAAAUCUAGAAGUAAAACUUCAGAAACACUCAGUAAACAUUCUUCAAACUCUUCAUCAGGUCCAUUGUCUUCCUCAUCUUCUACAUUGUCCAGCUCUAGUGACGUAGAUUCUGACGGAACACCAUGCAAAACCUCUAAACAGUUGAGUUGCCAUCAAUCUACUACAAACAGAGUGGGGUCACAAGAAAUAGCACUGGAAUCCUCCCAGUCCAGUGGGAAAAGGCAAGGCAGCCAAACAGCUAAUUCAUCCAACAGCACAAACAAAUCUCAGCAUGGAUCAGCAAGGUUAUUUCGCUCUUCCUCCAGCAAAGGCUUCCCGGGUCCAACAAACUCAAACCAUGGUACCUCAGUGACAAACAAACAGCAUCAAGGCAGCAAAUCACAUCAGUGUUUCCAUGUCAAAAAGAGGAAACACAAGAGAGACGUGCCCCUUUCUGACCUUUGUAGAUAGUUGCCUAUUUUAUGACUGUUCUUCUGUGUGCAAUGAUCUCAUGCUACAGGAUAAUUUGAUAGUGACUCCUUGGAUCUCUUGUGGAGCUUCAGACUGUUCAGACAUUGAUUAGCAACUGCAUUUUUUUCCCAGCUCGCCACGGAAUGGAUCAUGAAGAUUGAUCACUGCAAAAAGAGGAAAAAAGGCUGAUCAUUUGAUGUCAGAUGCUACAACAGGGUCAUUUAGCAUAUAAAAUCUUGAAUGUAAAAUAAAUUUAUUUCCCAUCAGCUCAUGCUGAACUGUAGAGGUAGUAUUCAGUGUGUUUGGCAGAUUACAAACAAAACACAAAAAAAGGAAAAAAAGGUGAAAAAUUGUAUUUUGAGGGAAAUCCAGCCUUUAAAGAUGAAAAAGUAAUUCAUGCAUGAUUUUUUUAUUAUUUUUGCAUAUACCAUUUUAUUGUGUGUGUGUGUGUGUGUAUAUAUAGAUGACCAUAUAGGAAAAUUGACAUUUGUAAUAGUGGAUUUGUUAAUACUUUUUACAUAACAUUACUGUUUAAAUUGUAAACAGAAUUUUUCUCAGGAUUAGUUUGGAAAAUAAUCUGAAUUGUCAUCUUAACAUCUAUAUAAAGACACUACUAGUUAUAUUGCUCAGAAUUGCUUUUCCUUCACAUUGAAAUGACUUAAUAGAACAUUUAUGAUCUUCAGAAGUUGUUCCUCUAGAAAGAAAAAGGUUUAUGGUGGCAAAUGAAGUCUCAUUUGUAUAAAGUGUACAUGUACUUUUGUGUAAACACUGACCUUUUGGUCAACUCUGACAAAUAACCUUUACCUUAUUUUCUAGAGUUCCAGGGAGGUUUUCAGUUGGUCUGUCAUCCUUUUCCCACCACCCCGCCAGCAGUCUCCCAUUUUUAAAGAAGAAAAGCCACUUUGGGAUUUUUGUCCUUUUUGUUGCAGUAAAAGCCAACUCCAUUUGUUACAAAUGUUUGCAUUCCUGGGCUGCUCCAAUCCCAUGCCUUUUGUUUGUGCCUUUUUUUCCCUCAAAGUCACUUUUUUGUCUUUUUUUUUUAAAUAUAUUUUUGCUAAACUCAUGUGGGAAAGAAUAACUGUUAAAGCUAUAAGUAAAUUUUCCUAUUAAAAUAUUUUUUCUCAUUUCCCUUUUAUGCAUUUUUAUAUUGACACUAAUAAAAAUUAGUCUUCAA